AUGCACCAUCUGAACGUUGUCUGGACGCCGCGCGAGCUAGAAAGUUCGCCAAUUUUUAUUUUGCGUGUCUGUGAUUAAAUCUCAGUCACAUUCUGGAAGUUUCUUUAUCGGAGGAGCUCAAAGUUCAGGAGGAAGUUUUGCCUGGUAUUAAGAGUGUGACAGAAAUUAUCUGAUCUCCGCAGGAUGUCUUUGCCCAAGCGGGAGGUGGAGGAGCUGCGGCCCUGGGUGGAGCGCACCGUAAAGAAGGUGCUUGGUUUCUCCGAACCCACUGUGGUCACGGCGGCUCUGCACUGCUUAGGGAAAGGCCUGGACAAAAGGAAGACAACAGACCAGCUGAGGCCAUUUCUGGAUGACUCAGCAGGCAGCUUUGUAGAGCGUCUCUUCGAAGCGCUGGAAGAGAGCAGGAACUCAAGGGGCAAUAAAGGCACAGCCGAGAAAAACCGCAAGAGAGAGCUAAAGGACGUAUUCGGUGAUGAGGUGGAGGCACAGAAAGAGCUAGAGAGUAGCGGGGCUGCAGCAAAGAAGAAGAGAGUACCCCGGUUCGAGGAGGUCGAAGAGCCAGAAGUUCUCCCAGGACCUCCUACAGAAAGUCCUGGCAUGCUCACCAAGAUGCAAAUAAAGCAGAUGAUGGAAACAGCCACUCGUCAGAUUGAAGAGAGGAAGAAGCAGCUUAGUAUCACUCAGCCCAGACUGCCCCUGCCUACCCCCCAGCCAGCGGUCACCGGGAUACGCCCUGUCCUGCCUUCCGCUUCAGGCCCAACUCAGUCCAUCGCCCCGUCACAGGCCGCCAGCUUCAUGAACGACGCCAUCGAGAAAGCACGCAAAGCUGCCGAGCUCCAGGCCAAGAUUCAGUCCACGCUUGCCAUGAAGCCAGGCAUCCUUGGAACUGUGAAUAACACAGGACCACACAACCUGGUGGCACUUGCUAACUUGCAUGCCAUGGGCAUUGCACCACCUAAAGUUGAGGCCCGUGAGAUCACAAAGCCGACACCGCUUAUCCUGGACGAGCUCGGGAGAACUGUUGAUGCCAGCGGCAAAGAAGUGGAGCUCACACACCGCAUGCCCACUCUGAAAGCUAAUAUCAGAGCAGUAAAGCGAGAGCAGUUCAAGCUGCAGCUGAAAGAAAAGCCCAGCGAUGACCUGGAGUCCACGUCCUUCUUCGACCCCAGGAUGCCAGCGCUUACACCCCAGAGACAGAGGAGGAUGUUCAAGUUCCACGACAAGGGCCGCUUUGAGAAAAUAGGCCAGCGGAUACGAACCAAGGUUCAGCUGGAGAGGUUGCAGAUGGAAAUUGCGCAGGCUGCCAAAAAGACCGGCAUCCAGGCGUCGACCAAGCUGGCUCUGAUCGCUCCUAAGAAGGAGCUCGGCGAAGGUGAAGUGCCUUCCGUCGAGUGGUGGGACUCCUUCAUUCUCCCAAACAACAUAGAAAUCACUGUUCAGACUGUUUUCGACAACUUGGAGUUUCAUGGAAUCACUAAUCUGGUGGAACAUCCUGCCCAAAUGGCCCCUCCAGUGGAUACAGACAAACCGGUGACUCUGGGUGUAUAUUUGACCAAGAAGGAGCAGAAGAAGCUGAGGAGGCAGACACGGCGCGAGGGACAGAAAGAGGUGCAGGAGAAGGUCCGACUCGGCCUCAUGCCCCCGCCUGAACCCAAAGUGCGGAUCUCAAAUCUGAUGCGUGUGCUGGGUACGGAAGCGGUGCAGGAUCCCACAAAAGUGGAGGCUCACGUCCGAGCACAGAUGGCCAAGAGACAAAAAGCCCAUGAGGAGGCAAAUGCAGCUCGCAAACUGACCGCGGAGCAAAGGAAAGAGAAGAAAGUAAAGAAGCUCAAGGAAGAUCUGAGUCACGGUGUUCACAUCGCUGUCUACAGGAUUCGAAACCUGCAUAACCCAGCCAAGAAGUUCAAAGUGGAAGCCAACGCAAACCAGCUGUAUCUUACUGGCACUGUGGUGCUGCACAAAGACGUCAAUAUCGUGGUGGUGGAAGGAGGACCCAAAUCACAGAAGAAGUUCAAGCGGCUGAUGCUGAACAGGAUUAAAUGGAAGGAACUCAGCUCAAAGAGAGAUGACCCUGAUAACUCUGAUGACGAAGGGUCAAAGAAGCACAAUAAGUGCACACUUGUGUGGGAGGGCACAGCGAUGGAGCGCAGUUUCGGCGAUAUGAAAUUCAAGCAGUGCCCCACGGAGAACAUGGCCCGUGAACACUUUAAGAAGCACGGCGCCGAGCACUACUGGGACCUGGCUCUGAGCGAGAGCGUACUGGAGACGGCCGACGACUGAAAGAAGAAGAAAAGAGCAAGUGUGGUGUUGUCUAAGUCACACAGGCAUCCUUGUUUGGUUAAUUAUACAGUAGAAGGAAAUAAUCGGACUGGAUUUAAACUACUGUUCGUCAACCUGGCAGUCGUGUGUGUGUAUGUGUGCGCAUCUGUUCGAUAACCUGCACUGCUGCUACUUUUGGAUAUUGGUUUCUCGUGAUCAUGGCAGGACGUUUGCAAAGAGAACUUAGUGCAAGGACAUGUUUCUCCUGCAACUUACGGGGAGAGCGUCAAAGAUUGACAUCACUCUGGACGAUAGGAUCCUUUAUAUAAAGUGUAACUUUUAGUUUUUUAUUUCCCUUCAUUUUUUUAAGUGAAUGUGAGACUGUUCAGAUGCUGGUCUCUUUAGAUGUCUACACAACCUGUUACCAACUGCCCACACUGAUUAAAGCUUUGGAGGGAAAACA